GUCUAGAUACAUGGUUGUGGGUUGUAAGGUUAAUCAGUUGUAAGGACCACACGGCCCGUCUCCGGCAUGACGCCAGGGCAAAGCGCUCACCCCUCCAACAACUACAACAACCACCACCACCAAACCACACACACCCAUAACCAACAAAACAAUGUCCUCCACAACCGCCAACAUCCCGCCCCACGCGCACCCCCCAAACCUCUCAGACAAGCUCCCCCGCCUCGGCAGCCCCCGCAAAACCACACGCACCCCGCCCGAAUCGCCCAUCCCAGCACCGCCAACACCCGCGCUCCCGCCCCCGCCCUCCCUCACAAACUGGACCUUCCAAACCCCCUCCCGCCGCAUCCUCACCCCCCACGACCACGCGCUCUUCCAGGCCUCCCCGACUUACACCCUGCUGCUAGCAUUCGUGUUCCACCUCUCGGACUCCGCACGCGGGACGCCCAUGCGGGCCGUGGCGCGCGAGACACCCGCUCGCGGCGUCGCGGGCGUGCUGGCCGUGCUGGACGCGGCGGAGGAGGUGCUGCGCGCGAAUCCGCCCGAGGACGCCGGCGGCUCGCGCUUCGGGAACAAGGCCUUCCGGGGGUUUGUGGGGGGCGUCAGCGCCGCGAGCGCGGGGUGGCACGCCGAGAUGCUGGGGGUGAAAGACGCAGAAGCCGCAGAGGCCGGCGCGUAUCUGUGCGCGUCGUUUGGCAAUGCCGCGCGCAUCGAUUACGGCUCCGGGCACGAGCUCAACUUCGUGCUGUGGCUGCUGUGCCAGUACCAGCUGGGCCUGCUGGACGGCACCGCCUUCGCGCAGCUGGCCCUCCGCGUCUUCCCGCGCUACCUGCGCCUCAUGCGCGCGGUGCAGACGGCGUACUACCUCGAGCCGGCGGGGUCGCACGGCGUGUGGGGCCUCGACGACUACCAGUUCCUGCCGUUCCUGAUCGGGGCAGCGCAGCUAGCGGGGCACCGGUACAUCCGGCCAAAGUCGAUCCAUUCGGCAGCCGUGCUCGAGGAGGCCGCGCCCGACUACCUGUACUUUGAGCAAGUGGCGUUUGUGAACAGCGUCAAGAACGUCGAGGGCCUGCGGUGGCACAGCCCGAUGCUCGACGACAUCAGCGCCGCGCGCUCGUGGGACAAGAUCGAGGCGGGGAUGCGCAAGAUGUUUGUGCGCGAGGUGCUGGGCAAGUUGCCCGUGAUGCAGCAUUUUCUGUUUGGGUCGCUGGUGCCGGCGGUGGAGGGGAUGAGCGCGGAAGACGAGGCUGAGCAGGGCGGUGAUGGGGAGGAUGGGGACGCCGAUGCCCAUGCGGGCCAUAGUCAUGGGCAUGGGGAGGAGGGCGUCAAUAGCUGGGGCGACUGCUGCGGCAUCAAGGUCCCGAGUAGCGUGGGCGCGGCGCAGGAGAUGAAGAAGCGCAUGGGCACUGAGGGGCUGCGGAGACUGCCGUUUGAUUGAUUGAUUGGUUGAACACGGAGACGAAACAAGACCAGCGAAAGACAGUAGUAGUUGGUUAUCAAAAUAAUGAAUAGACGAGAG